AUGUCGGCCUCUCUGCUCGCGCACCUGCAGCAUGGGCUCACCCGCAUCGCCAAGAUCUCGCCACGCGUGCUGGAGAGUCCACCUACGCAGCCGCGUCGUGCGAGUGUGGCUCUGAUUUUGCAUGUGCGUCCGGCUGAAGAGGACGAGGCGUGGCUGCGGAGCAAGUGGCGUCACGGGCAGGUCAAGGACGAGGACGACGCGUACCUGUUCCCGUCGACGAUGCAGCAGGAUGCGAACGGCACUAUGGGUGUCGAGGCACGCCUGCGCCAGUUUUUCGCACUGCCGUGGGUCCAGCGCGGUACGCCGGAACUGCUGCUCAUCAAGCGCGCCGUGCGCGCCAAUGACAACUGGUCGUCACAUGUCGCGUUCCCAGGUGGACGCCGCGAUGAAGAAGACGAAAACGGCCUGUACACGUCUAUGCGCGAGACGUGGGAGGAAGUCGGCAUCGACCUUGCCGAGAAAGAGUUUCUCCACGUCGGCCACCUCGAAGACCGCGAAAUUACGAGCAGCCUGGGCAAGCGUCUACUUAUGAUCCUAAGCCCCUACAUCUUUCUACAUCUCUCACCAUUUUCCCCCACACCGAGUCUGCAGCCGAGCGAAGUGAGCUCACUGCAUUGGGUGCCGCUCUCGCAGCUGUUCACGCCGACGCCCCGGUGGGGUACGCUGCACAUGGAUGUGGCGCGGCACAUGCCGCAAAACUCGUACAUGCGCUCGAUGCUGAGCAUGCUGAUCGGGCAAAUUACGUUCCGCUCGAUCCAACUGCCGAAUACGCCCACGGCCAUCACGAUGGCCAUGGCCAGGGACCACUUUGCGCAUCUCGCCAAGCCGCCGCCAGCCAAGGAGGCCGAGGAGGAGGAGGACACGUUCCUGCUCAAUGCCGAGCAGCAAGCGUACCUCGGUCAAGUGACACCCCGGCUGCAAUUGUGGGGUCUGACGCUGGGCAUGACGCUCGAUUUGCUCUCGCACAUGUCGACGUAUCAAAGGGAGAAGCCCCCGCCUGAGCCACCGACGAUCCAUGCCCUCAAGUCCCUCUUCUCCAUCCUGCCAUCCUCGCGACUCUUUGGUGACGCCUACAGCGCUCCGGCCAAGGCACCGAGCGUCGUCGAAGUGUUCCCCCGAUUCGGGUACCCCGAUAUCAACCUCUGGCUCUGGGUGUUUGGCUGGCGCUACCGAGCGAUUCUACGCAAGUGGAGGCAGAGCAUCGGCACCGAACUCGAACGGCAAGCGCACUGGUCCGGCCUCGCGAUCGCGGCCUUUUACUCGUGCGUGCGCCGCGCGUUGAUUGUGGCGCUUGUGCUGCGUGCGAUGGGUCUGGUGAGUCUCGUAUCACUGGGCGGAUACCUGGGCUGGCGCCGACUGUAUCGUUUAUAG